CUCCCACACCCACAUCCUCCUGGCGCAGGUAUGAAAGCAUCAGGGCCGCCGGGCAAGCAGCCACUCGCCGAGCCGCCGGGACCCAAAGUGCGCACUACAAGAGUGAAGAUGUCGCUGCUCCUCAGGUGCCUCCUCCUACUUUGGCUGCCCGCACUGCAGGUGUCUGCUGAUUGGUGCUACAACAACGCAACCUGUGGUCCCAGCACUUGGGUUACCUUAGGAAUGUGCAACGGGACCAAACAGUCGCCCAUCAACAUCAACUCAUCGGCGGCAGUCUACAAUGCCAGCCUGGGGGCCUUCAGCUUUACCGGCUAUGACAGCGUCAGCAGUAUGGUUGGCAUAACGAACAACGGGCACUCAGUGGAAGUAGAGCUGGGAGAGGGCGUGUCAAUCAGCGGCGGUGGUCUGCCCGACAACUACGUGGCGCUGCAAUUUCACUUUCACUGGGGCAACAAUGUGACCAACCCCGGAUCGGAGCACCGCCUCAACGGGAACCAGUUCCCUAUGGAGCUCCACAUCGUCCACACCAGGAAGGGAGUCAACCUCACCACAGCCACGAGUGACCCCCAGGGCAUUGCUGUGCUCGGCUUCUUUAUCAACGGUGUACCCAGCAAUGUAGACUCUACAGGGCUGAGCAACAUCCUAAAGAACAUCAGCACGACAAAUAGCAAAAUAUCCAACCCUGGUCUGAACAUUUCUAUUAACACCUUGCUGAGCGGGGUCGAUCUGACAAAGUACUUCCGCUACUCGGGGUCACUGACCACCCCAAACUGCUCAGAGUCCGUCAUCUGGACCGUUUUCAAUAAUCCAAUUCUGCUUCCUUCGUCCUUGAUCAACGCCCUUCCCGCCACCCUGCUUAAUGCCCAAAACGUCCCACUGGUGAACGUCUUCCGCCCUCCGCAGCCACUCAACUCCAGGCAGGUGAUGACAUCGAUGAAGAUGGCCUCCACGACGACAGCCCCCACCUCGUCCUCCUCCACCACCAAAAGCUCCUCUGGACAAGACGCCACACGGCUCCCGUCUCUCUCGGGACUGACCGCGCUGACUCUGGCAGUCCUGGUGAGCCUCCUCUUCAGAAAUUAAGAGAGGGGGGAGACGGGGGUGGGGGUAUGAAACAGGCCACCAUGAUUUAGGGCUGGCGUUGAUGACCACAAACAAAGUGGGGGCAUUACCUAAUGGGGGUGGGGUGGGGGCCUGUCAGAUUUGUAUUCAAAGACAAACCCCACCUCCGAAAUCCAUCAGCACCUCCCAAUGUGAGAAGAUGAAGCCAAAUGGACCCUGUGGCCGAGGCCGGGGGGACCUUCAUUCUGCUGCUGCUGCUUUGAAGACUCGAAUGCACAAAGCCUGCUGCUCGCGUGCGAUUACUGAUGUCGAAAUUAAAUUUUAUAAGACUGUAUUCUUAUCUUUCAAUCAAUUUAAAUUUUCAAUAAAUGCUAAUAAGUG